AUGGGAUUUAUGAGUAUUUUCUGGAUCUGGUUUCGUACUGUAACUCUUAAAGAGAGGUCAAUUAAUGCUAUUAGAAUGUUGCUUGCUGAAUAUGAUAGAAAAGAUCUAGAUACGGGAAUUACUUGGGAAUACUGGAAUUCGGUUAAUGGAAAAACUUCUAAUUGGAAGGACCGUUUCUGCGUUGGUUUGCCAAUCUCUCAGCAAAAAGAGUUUCUCCUCAUUAAAUUACCUUCACAACCUGGAAUAUCUGAAACAUCACGCACCACAAUACUCCAAAUAUCUGACGAUAAAUGUGAACCAAUUACAUUAUAUCUUUAA